CCCUCCCACCGCUAUUGUGCUGGGGAAGAUGUAGCAGCCUCUUCUCCGAGCCACCCCUUUGCCUCCGGACUUCUCUGGGGCCAGCAGCCGCCCGACCAGGGGCCCGGGCCGCGGGCUCAGCCGACUACCAUGGGCUCGGUGUCAAACCAGCAGUUUGCAGGUGGCUGCGCGAAGGCGCCGGAGGAGGCGCCGGAGGACGCGGCCCGAGCGGCAGAGGAGCCGCAGCUGCUGCACGGAGCCGGCAUCUGUAAGUGGUUCAACGUGCGCAUGGGGUUCGGCUUCCUGUCCAUGACCGCCCGCGCCGGGGUCGCGCUGGACCCCCCGGUGGAUGUCUUUGUGCACCAGAGCAAGCUGCACAUGGAGGGCUUCCGGAGCCUGAAGGAGGGUGAGGCGGUGGAAUUCACCUUUAAGAAGUCUGCCAAAGGCCUGGAAUCCAUCCGAGUCACCGGUCCUGGUGGGGUGUUCUGCAUUGGAAGUGAGAGGCGCCCCAAAGGGAAGAACCUGCAGAAGCGCAGAUCGAAGGGCGACAGGUGCUACAACUGCGGAGGUCUAGACCAUCAUGCCAAGGAAUGCAAGCUGCCACCCCAGCCCAAGAAGUGCCACUUUUGCCAAAGCAUCAGCCAUAUGGUGGCCUCAUGCCCACUGAAGGCCCAGCAGGCCCCCAGCUCACAGGGGAAGCCAGCCUACUUUCGAGAGGAUGAAGAAGAGAUCCACUCCCCUGCCCUGCUCCCAGAGGCCCAGAAUUGAGCCGGAGUGGGUGGGGGCUAUGCUGUGAUCAGGAAGUUGGAGGAGCAGGCAUCAAUCGGCAGAGUGGAGAAAGUGGGGAUAGGAGGGUGGGUAGGGGGCAGCUGGUACUGCCAUGUAACUCAGGCCGGGGUCCAUCCAUAGCAUCACCCCCUCUUCCCUCUUGGUGGGGGGAAGGGGUGAGGCAAAGGAACUCUAACCAUGCUCUUUCCAGAUGCACAAGAGGGCUUUGGGGGAAAAUCCCUCUCUGCUUGCUUAAUCUGAGUCUCCACCCCUAGGAUCUGAAGAUUUUGAAAUUGGCCUGCAUAGGGGAGUGGUUUUCCUUUUAAAGAAGGAUCUGUGACUGUUUUCCCGUGCCACAGUGCGAAGGUUAAGUACGAGACCAGAUUGGUGGACCCGACCCACAAGCCUCUAGAGCCUGUGGGAAGGACUCUCAGGGCUAAGGCAGGGUUUUCCACAUCUUGUUUCCUUGUAACCCACUCUUGGGAUAGGGUGUUUGAGAACUGUCCCAAGCAGUGGGUUGUGAUGAGAGGUAAAAGGGGUGACUGGGGGAGCAGCUGCAGAAUUGCUGUUAAAAGCUCAUUCCCCAUUCUGGGCCAAUAGGAUUUUAUUUAUUUGCUCCCCUGGAUAGCUGCACCUUGGGCCCCACUUUCUCCAGGAUGCCAACUGCACUAGCUGUGUGCGAAUGACGUAUCUUGUGCAUUUAACUUUUUUUUUUUUCGUAAUAUAAAUAUUCUGGUUUUGUAUUUUUGUGUAUUUUAAUCUAAGGCCCUCAUUCCUGCACUGUGUUCUCAGGUACACGAGCAAUCUCAGGGAUAAGCUGGCAGCAGCUCCAGGUCUGCACAGCAGGAAUACUUUUGUUGUUUUAUCAUCAGGGAGAACAACUAUUUGGAGUGUAUAGCCUACUGAACUACCUCAUUUUUGCCAAUUAAAGCUGGCUUUUCUGCCACAGUGUCCUCUUAAUACCCUUCCACCGAUCAUGUUUUCAUGGGAGACUAGGUCUUUGCUGGAUUGCCCUGUAAUUGACCUCCUUUUACUGGAAGAUUGCAAAUUGGUUUGAAUAGCAAAGGUAGUGCAGAGAAGUUAGGAGAAGCUGGGGCAGGGGAAAGGCACUGAAAAGCCACCAAGUUUAGGUGAGGGUUGUCUAGAAGGGUGAGAAAGGAUUCCUGUUCCAGAUCUCUAAUCCCCGGGCACAGGGCUUCCUCUACAUGCCAGCUCCAUCCUUCACUGGGUUGGGCGAGGCCUACCAUGCACAGCGGGGCAUGGGUGCGUGUGUGUGAUUGAAAAAGAGUGAGUUGUUAGGGAUAGGUUUUAAGAACGAUACCUCUGUAUCCAUCUUGAGCUGCCCAGGGAUGGAUAUAGGAAGCAGGGACUAAAAUCCUUUACACUUGAACAAUCUGGGCUUUUCCUUCUGGGCUUUCAUAAGGGAUGGCUUCUUUGUGGCUGCCCAGAGUGGGUGUCCUGCCCUGUGACAGCAGUGAUUAGAACUGGGGUUAAGCCAAGGGGGGUUCGUUUACAUGCUGUAAGAUCACUGUAGACCUACCUCACUGUGCUGAAUCAGGGCAAAUGCAAUAGAACACAUUGGGUGCUGUGUGUCUGAGCCUGGGUUCUGACCUCCCCCAGCUGCUGCCCCCUCUAGUUGUAUUUGGGCUGGUAGGGCUUCAUGAAUAGCUGAUUUGGUGAUUUCCAGGUGGCCUCGUUUGUGUAAAUAUAAUGUGUUGGUCUUCUCCAUGUUCUUUUGGGGUUUUAUUGUUUACAAACUUUUUUGUACAAGAAAAAUAGCCAAAGCAUCUUUGACAAAAGCUUCUGCACCAGGCAAAAAGAUCUGAAGCAAACUUGGGGGGCCCUUGGGGUCAUGAACCAGCCUUUCUUUUGUGUUGCCCUUCCCCUGUUUCCUAUUUUGGAGCAGAUCUUCCAUCCCCCAAACUUCUGUCCACCUACCCCAACCCCACCCCCCAAAAAAAACCUAUACACAUUGAAUUUGCAUUGUUUCCACAACUCAAAUGAUUUGUGCAAAAAACUUGAAGCUAAGGACACUAUCCCUUGUUCCCAGCCUCCUGAGUGAAGACCCUUGAUGUGAUUCAUGCCAAAUACACAAUGCGGUGUCACUUUCAUCUCUAAUCCUAGGGUAGGGAAGCAAUGAGGGGGCCUUCCACGCAGAAAGUGGGGUAGGGAGACCAAGAAAGGGAAGAUGAAUGUAUAUCCAAGUUACUCAGGAACUUUUAUGCAGGUGCAAGAAACUUAUGUCAAAGUGGCCACAAGAUUGUUUAAUAGGAGACGGACGAAUGUAACUCCCAUGUUUACUGCUAGAAACCAAAGCUUUGUGUGAAAUCUUGAAUUUAUGGGGAGGGAGGGUAGGAAAGCAUGUACCUGUCUGUUCUUUACCUGACCCCUUUUCCUUGUUCCUGAACUGAGGAGACUGAGCCCCCCCCUGGGCUUUGGUGACCCCAUCACUGGGAAAUGUUUAUUUGAUGGUUGAUUUUGCUCUGCUGGGUACUUUCCCAUUUGCUAUCAUUUUGUAAAACACAUGCUGACACUUUUCCCAUCCCCUCUCUUUUCCCCUGGGAAAAUACAAUGAAUAAAUACUUAUUGGUACUGAA